UAGUCUGUACUAUCUCCAUUGACGAAGAAGCUCGAAAAACCAAAAUGGAGGAGCAGAGGAGGGUUGCGCAAGUGGAAGCGGCGAAGCAGAGGUGCAGCUCCGUCAUCGUCGCCAUUCAGCAGCUGCCACGUGGCUCCACCAACAUCACCGAUUCAUGCAGGCGAACACUCCUCAAAUCCGCACGUGCCGAGCUCUCUUUCCUCUCUCGUCCCUCUUCCUCUUCCACACCCCUCAGUGUCAACAUUGGGCACCUUGAGGCAGUUGUAUAUAUUCUUCAGCAGCCUUUUAUAACCGGAGUUUCUCGAGUUUGCAAAUCAAUCCCACUCGUACCUUCAGCUAGAAGUAAUGAGCAUUGUUGUUCCUCUCUGAAAGACAUUCAUGUUGAUAUAGUGUGUACCCUCAAUAGGAAGCCAGUUUGGAUUAUAGUAUCUGAUAGAAAUCCAAAGUACAUUUCUUGGAACAAAUGUCAUAGAAGUAAAGGCUUAAAAUUACGCGUUGAACAAGUCCUUGCUGCUGCCCGGUCGACCUUAUCUUUAAGACCUUCUUCGGUUAUUCUUUUCUUUGCCAAUGGGCUUGAUAACCUUGUUCGCCAGAAACUUCGGGAUAAUUUUGCGGCAUCUGAAGUUGGCUUGGAGUUUUCGGUUUUCAGUUCUGUUGCAUUGGAAGAAACGGAAGGUGACUGGAUAAAUGUUAUUGCAAGAUCAUAUAAAGAUGCAUGUGUCCUUGAAAUCGACCCUGCUGUUGACAAAGAAGUUGGUUCAAAUACAAGUUGUAAUGGCCAUGGUUCUAGUGCUGACUCUUCUCAACUUGAGCUUUCAGUAGCAAAAGCUGAAACUCAGGUGCAUCUUUUAGAAGAGAAUGCCAAAAAACUAGGACUUUCAGUACAGGAAGCUGAAAUUCGAUCAGAACCUUCAAAAGAGAAUGCUGAUACAAACUUAGGGGAUACAUUCUGUUCAAUUGUUAUGGGAAUGAAACAAAACUCCUUUAACAACAGAAAUUCUGAAUCGACUGAACCUGAAAACCUUUCAUGUGAAGGUAAUCUAGUAAAUUUUGAUACAACAGCUCUAAUAGCUUUUGUAUCGGGAAUUAGUAAUGGUGGUACAAAGAAGCUGUUGGCCACUCCAGAAUCUGAACUGAGGCAGCGGUUCAAGGGAAACUAUGACUUUGUGCUUGGCCAAGUAAUGUCCGAACUUGAAAGUCCAAUCCAUGUACAAUUCGGUAAAAUCUUAUAUGGGAAGACAGGAAUAAUUUGUGAGAGUGUUAAUACGGAAUUUAAGGAGUUGGUAUUGAUGUGUGGAGGGCCCAAUGAGAAACUCAGGGCUGAGAAGCUAAUAAAUUGCCUCAGGGUUGUUCCUGAUACACCUUCAGAACGCAUGAUGAGCCUCCCAACCACAAGGAAGCUGGCAUUGAAAAACAAAAUUGUCUUUGGCACUGGUGAUCAUUGGCAUGCUCCCACUUUAACUGCAAAUAUGGCAUUUGUGAGAGCAGUUUCACAAACAGGGAUGUCACUUUAUACUAUUGAGCACAGACCAAGGGCCUUAACUGGUGACUAGUUUCAUGAAUUCUUGACAAGUCUUGAGGCAUUCAUUCUCACAUAGAAAACCAGUUCCAACCUCUCAAGCUUGAUGUCUAUUGGGGGGACUUCAAUGGAAUGUCUCCCGUCUGCUGUUGUAACUAGCAGUGGGAUCUUCAAGGUGCUUGCUGACUGUACUUGUCCAGUGAAGGGCACAUUAACCACUGUAUUGUUCUGACGAUCUUGGAAAAACUGUGGCAUAGACCUUUCACAUAGUCCAGUGUUUUUGUAUCAAUCUUGGUCCUUUCUCACUGUAAAUAUUUGUAUAUGGGUUGUAUGCUUUGGACUUCACAACAAACUCUGCGUUGUCAUGUGAAAAGUUAGUCUAAGAUUACUUAUCCUGUGCUGUCAGUUCAGAAGUUGGGAAGAUUUGACUGAAGAUUAGGUAAUGGAUUCAACAAGGGGAAAGUGCACUUGCGAAAGCAACCUCUUUAAGUGUAUUGGCAUAGAUUUUUAGUAAUGGAGGAUGAUAUGAACUCAUACCGUGCCCCUUGGGAACUACCAGGGGAGAUGUUGGUGGUCAUGGAAUCAAGGUGCUUCCACCUCUACACUGGGGAUCCUAUCUUUGAUUAUCUAUCAUAAAUAUCAAAAAGGGUGUUUUUGUAGUUUCAUCUUUUUGUGAUUACAUUAUUAUAAUCUUUAGCUCAGUUCAGUUGAACAAUGGAUGAAAAUAAUGUAAUGUUGCUGCUCUAUGUUGAGCUUCCUUGUCUGACUCUGACUUAUAAAAAUACCGUUAGUGUUCUUUUUAAAGGAAACAACCUAUAUACUUUUUGGUUGAAAUACAUAUAGUUAUAGUUCAGUCUCCU